AUGUUAAUAAAUAUAGAAAAAUAUGCCAAAUUGAUUUACCCAGCAAAUAAGAAAAAUUUAAUUAAGUUAGAAAGAAAUAGAGUAGUUAAAUCGUAUGUCAAUAGGAAUAACUUAGUUUUUGUAUUAGAUAUCUCACUAAUUGAACAAGACAUAUCCACAUACUACAAAAUAAUACCAAUUCCAAUAUCUAAUUCCCAAGUUACCCAUAUCAUAAUCCCAUCAUAUCCUUUCCUAUUGGUGAAAAUAUUGAAAUACCGAUCAGCGGUGAGUCCCUGUAAAGAAAUCGACGAUGAAAAUUUCUUAUGCCCAGAGGAAAGUCUCGCAGAGUAUCCAGCUGAAACAUGUAUUGAGCAAUUAAUGCAGAUGAAAACCAACCACAGUAACUGCCAGCAACAUAAUAUACGAUUGGAAAAUUUGAAAAUUCAGAGGAUCUUCAAGAACUAUUGGCUACUCUAUACCACUAAGGACUUGAUAAUAACUGAACACUGUCCAGAACACGUACAAUAA